AGGCUCAUUGCUUUGCGCGGUCGGGUUCGGACAGGGCGCGCGGUGGGGAUGGUGGCAGCGCCUCUCCGAGCGAUGUCGACCAGCUGAACGGAGACUACCCUUUCCUUUUCCUUCUUCCACAUCGCAGCAGCGGGCUGUGGAAGCAGCUAUCCCCCACCCUUUGCCCACAGCCUCCCACCCCUUCCCGAGUCCCCCAUCUCUAUCUUUUCCACCUCGAUCUCCCCACCAAGUCUCCCCGGUGCCCGCGCCGCGCGGUGCUGUGCGUGUCUAUGCGCCCGGCGGUGGCAGGAGGCGGUGCCGGCUGGUGGUGCUGAGUCCCUCCGGAGGAGUAUGGAGUGCGCCCUGGACGCUCAGAGCCUCAUCACCAUCUCUCUGCGGAAGAUCCACAGCUCGCGGACCCAGCGCGGUGGCAUUAAGCUGCACAAGAACCUCUUGGUCUCCUACGUGCUCCGCAACGCGCGGCAGCUCUACCUGAGCGAGCGCUACGCCGAACUCUACCGUCGGCAGCAGCACCCAUACUCGGGCGGCGGCGGCAUGAUGAUGAGCUCCUCGGGUGAAAUGGCCGAGUUCAGCCCUCUCCAACUUCCCGGAGACCCGGAGGAACGGGAUCCGGGGGCCCGGCAGCAACUGCACCAGCUUCAUCAGCUCCACCUCCACCACCAGCAGCAGCUGCAACAGCACCGGAGCUGCGCCGCCGGGGCGCCCGCGGGAGGAGCUAGCGGAGGCGGGGGCGCUGGGGAGCUGUUGGAGCCCGUGUGCGCUGCGCUCUUGCCGGGCGCGCACCACCGGGAGGAGACCUUGGCGCUCCAGCCUAGCCCUUCCCCACAGCAACAGCCGCCGCCGCCUCCAGCCUUGUGUGCCCGGGACCCUUCCUCCUCUCCUUCCUCUUCCUCUUCCGUCGCUGCUUCUUCUGCUGCUGCUUCCUCCUCCACUGCCUCCCCCGGCUUCUACCGGAGCGGUGGUUGCUGCGCCCCGGGCGGCGUAUACCCGCUCACCUCGGACUUCGGUGGCAGCCCGCUCCCGGUUGCUGGGGGAAGUCUACACUGUAGCAGCCAGACCACCGUCCUGGACCUAGACACUCACGUGGUGACUACAGUGGAGAACGGCUACUUGCACCAAGACUGCUGCGUUUCGGCGCAGUGCCCCUGCUGCUGCGGCGGCGGGCAGGGCGCCCCGGGACUGGGCCCCGCUGUGCCGGCCCUGACCGCGCUGCCAGGCACCAAGCGCAAGUACUACCCUGGACAGGAGGAAGAGGAGGAGGGAGGGGAACUGGGGGGAGACCCCCCCGGGGGCGGGCCCCCCUUUACCCCUUGCAAGCGUGCCCGCUUUGAGGACUUUUGCCCAGAGUCGUCCCCGGACGCUUCCAACAUAUCAAACUUGAUCUCGAUUUUCGGCUCGGGAUUCACUGGGCUAGUGAGCCGGCAGCCGGACUCGGAGCAGUCUCUGAACGGGCAGUUGUGCAGCAAGCAGGCUCUGGCCAGUCUGGGAGCCUGGACUCGGGCCAUCGUGGCCUUCUAGGGACCAGGGGAGCUUGGGAUAGAGAGUGCCCGGCCACAGUUAGGGGUGCGGGAACAGUGGGAGACAAAAGACAUGGGGAAAUGGGGGAAGAGGGGAGGGGGUGCCUGGGGAGUUAUAGGGUGUUCUGUGGGGGAGGAGGGGAGACAGCUAAUGUUUUAUAAAUUGUAAAAUAAAAAAUGUAAGAUCUUGGACUUUAUUUUUGCAGAGAUAAAAAGCGCCUAUUUAAAUAUUCUUUGUGUUUAUCUUUCUCUUUUUAAUUGUAUCGAUUGCAAUGGUGAACGGUGGAGGAGGCAGCCACGUGAGGCGAGGGCUGCUUGCUACAAGAGGAAAUUUGGGGGGAAAGACGGGUUACCAACCCUGCUUAGAGGCCAAAAACUCUUCCUAGGCUCUGGUGUUGACCCAGGUUAAGGAGAGUGCCCUGGCUUACCCUUAGGGGCACUCAGGUUAAGGGGGAAACAGGAGGGAAGAUUUAUCAUAUCCCUGGAAGGAUUAGUGUCUGAUGAAUUCCACAUCAAAGCUGUCAGUUCUUUAAACUGAAUCCAAGAAUCAGCUGGGAGGGAACUGUACUGGAAGGGUAAGAGGUGGAUCUAAAUUUUUUUCCCUCUUGAAAAAUUUUGGGCCAAAAAGGAAAAAUUAGAGAAAGAGGAAUAGCGUGAGGAAGGCUUCCAUUUAGCCUGUGCUUCCAUUCCUGGCCAGCCUCUGACUCUAGUUGGAUCUCUAGCAUUUUCAAAGGGAAGGCAGAAAUAAAAACAUUUCCACUUUUUAAUGCUAUCUUUUGAACACCCUCCCUACUCUUCUUUCUAUGUACACCUUUCUUCUUUCCUUCCUUCCUCCACAACUGUAAUUCUGGGGAGAACAAGCAGAGGGGCUUCACUCUUCUCUGACCUUAGCUCUUUCCCAGAAAUCUUUGGACCCUCCCAUGAGCUGGACACUAUGUUUGUGGGGGGACCAAUGGAGGGCAUGCAAACGAAACUACAUUUCCCAUCAUGCACAACGCUAAGGCCCUUUCUUUGGACUUAAUUUUCAUUCAAGAAGGGAAGGGAGGAGAUUUAUACCUUCACCUUGAUCUGUAGCCCACCCGCCUUCCCCCCAACCCUCCGUGGGGAAGCCAGGAAAAGUAGUCGACUUAGAACUUUUUUUUUCUUUUAACCAAGUCUCUGGUCAAGUGCGGUGUGUGUGUGUUUAUUAAAGUUUAAGUGUUCUGGUUUCAGCCUUCAAUCGGAUUUCAUCAAACCAGCAUCCUUUGGUCUUGUGAGGAAUACUGUCCUGUAGUCUUCAGAUAUGUAUCAAUAUUUUUUUUUUUAGUUUAAAGACCUUUUGUUGUAAAAAGGUGGGUUUUUGGGCAGCCUGUCUUACAGGCCACACUCAACAUUGUGUGUCCUCACCCAAAAGUUGCUAGUUUGACACCACAUCCCCUUCACUGCCCUCUUUGUUUGUAUCCUUGUAUUUUGUGCAUAUGAAAUUGUAUAUCACCGGGUAAAACUGUUCAGAUUAUUUGUUUAAAUUUAUAAUCUUAAUAAAA